CACCUAGCACCAUGUGUACCCAGCCCGCCAGCGACGGCAGAUGAUGAUAGGAUCAGUACGCUUACGGGUUGCGCCGGUAGCUUUGUAGCCGGCAGCGGCGGCGGAACGUGCGCCAUGGACCGUCGAGGAAGACGGUUGCUCGUCUACCUGGCCAUUCUUCUGACCAUACCUCUCGCUGCAAGCGAUCAAGGUUGUCGGCCAAAGGGGUUUGGGUCGUCCGGUUGUAACAGCAACCGAACCCUAACAGGCGACUGUGGGAGUAUCCAGUCAAUGGGAUUCCCCAACACACCCUACGACAACUCUGCACUAUGCGAGUGGAACAUACAAGUCCGCUCGGACCAGGUCAUCACACUGACAUUCACUCAGUUCGAUCUGGAGUAUUCAGGAUCCGCAUGUGUUUACGACAGCGUGACGAUUUACAACGGUGCGGACGAUAAGGCCCCGCUGCUGGGUCGGUUUUGCGGCAGUAAUGUGCCACAGUCCAUCACGUCGUCCACCAACCAGCUCUUCAUUCGGUUCAAAACGGACAACGCCUUCCCGGGGGACGGCUUUUACGCCUUCUACAAUAGUUCAGAGAGACCAUCCAAAGGCUCGUCGGCAAACCCCCAGCCAGUUCCAAAAGUCCUGACUGAUCCUACUGGCAUCAUUAACACCGAUGACCUGACGUCAUCAGGGCGUAGGCGGGAUCCUAUCCUGUCCCUCUGGUCCAUCCGGUCCAAAAUCGGCACCCAGUUAACUCUUAACUGGCAAGCGAAGUUCAACGCCAUCCGCAGUGACGGCAAUGGAUACUUCAAGGUCUAUGAUGGACCGUCAGACACCUCUGCAUCUGUCCAGGAGCUCUUCUUCGACAGAGGCACCAGGGGCCAGCCCACCAGCGGUACUAUUCUAUCGACCGGCCACCAUCUUUAUAUUGCGUACUACGUCAGCAGCCCCAGAACUGCCAACGUCACAGUAAUUGCCAGUUACGCUGCGACAGAUAUGACUCCGAAGAUAUCUGGCUGCUAUUCGCCCCAGGAUUUCUCCGUGCGUCGGCUGAGAGGCCAGUUCUCCGCGCGGAAUGAUACCGACCAGCUCAGCAGCUUCUUUUGUACAGCGCUGCUGAUGGCGAGGGAAACAAAACAUUACCUCUUCAAAGUCAAAGAGAUGACCCUACAGGGAGACCCCUCCAAUAACUGCGUGUUGGAAGGCUUCGCAUUUUACGACGGCAACAACACAAACGCACCCAUGUAUGGGCCGUUUUGCGGCAGCGAGCCGUCCAAUAAACCAUUACCGUUUGUCUCAACGGGGGAUAUCUUAGUGGUGGCGUACUCCUACCUCGGCAGUGGACAGGUUGUAGCAGACUACAGACAAACGGACUGCAAAGACCUGUCCUCCUACCUUGAUGCCAACACGACAUCGGUCGUCAAGGAGUCCUGUGGGAGCUUUCGUCAGCCUCCCCUCCUAACCGACACUAACUUCAAAUAUCGUCUGGACAUACAGGUGGCGGAACAAAAUUACAUCCAGAUGAAGAUUGUCAGGUUUGCCGACUACCAAGAUGUCUUCUACGUGUGUGAAACUCUACAGAAGCGAUGCGAGGAAAACUUUGAGAUCUACGAGCCGAACGGGGACAACAAAUGGCGGAUAUAUUCCUACUGUCCCUACUACGAACAGGCGAAAACAGAAGUAGUGACAUCAUCAGGGAACAAAGUCUAUGUCGUCUACUCAACAAACUGUCGGUGGGCAAGGAGUGGAUUCUUUUUCUCUUACGAAGUCAAAAGCUGUAACGGGAUGUUUCCGUGCGAUAAUGGCCACUGUAUCGACUACGCCUGGCUGUGCGAUGGAGACAAUGAUUGUAAGGACAACAGCGACGAACGAGACUGUGAAGGUUGUGGAGAGGGGCAGUUUCGCUGCAAGAACGGCAUGUGUGUGUCCGUGUCACGUCGCUGUGACAAGUUUGAUCACUGCGGAGAUGGGUCGGAUGAAGAGGACUGUGGAGACUGUACAGUGGACAGUUAUCUGUGUGGAAACGGCUGGUGCAUUCAGAAGGAUCGCGUCUGUAACGGAAUCAACGACUGCGGGGACAACAGCGACGAGAUGAAGUGUGUCGGAUGUGGCACCGACCCGUUCCUCUGUGACAAUGGGGAGUGUGCCUACAAGGCCUGGCUCUGCGACGGGGACAAUGAUUGUGGCGACAACAGUGACGAGAUGAACUGUUGGGGCUGCGGGGUGGAGCGGUUCACCUGUGAUAACGGCUUCUGCAUCGAGAGGGACCGAGUAUGUGACGGCAACAACGACUGUGGGGACGAUAGCGAUGAGAUGGAUUGUGAAGAGGAGUUGCGGACGUUUGGGUGUAAGAACGCGUUUGUAUGCUCCAAUGGAGAGUGUAUUUCUAAACCGUGGGUUUGUGACGGAGAGGACGACUGUGGUGACUACAGUGAUGAACGUGACUGUGGAGAUCCCAUCCGGCCUGUUAGGUUGAUUGGCGGGCGCAGUCCCCACGAGGGCCGCGUGGAGGUGUUCUACAACGGCCAGUGGGGGACGAUUUGUGACAACAUGUGGGACGAUAUGGACGCAAAAGCUGUCUGCGCCCAACUGGGAGUAGAGGGCGUGUCUAAGGCUCGCCGUGCGGCGUUCUUCUGAAAAGGCGACGGCCCCAUCCUGUCGUACAACACCCAGUGUGUUGGGAACGAGACUGCGCUAGCUGAGUGCGACAGGUCCCCCUGGUUCGUGCACGAGUGCGACCACAGCAAAGAUGCCGGCGUCAUUUGUGACUACU